AUGUUUGUCUGCUGGCCUUCCCUGCUCUUUUGGCUUUUUGCCCACCGAGCAUCGGCUAGGCUCUUUCCCCGCUCGGAGUUACCGGACUUGAUCACACCGGAUGCGGAGGGGAAUACUCACACCUUGACGGCCACGGCUGGGAGCCCUGCCAUUCUCAUCCUCGACUACGGACAUAGCGUCGAGGGUAUCCCGGAGUUCGUGGUUGCUAAGUCAGAGGGCGACACGUCUACGUUUGAAAUUACUUACGCCGAAAGCAAGGCUGCCCUGGGAGAUUAUAUGUCAGAUGGGCCACUCCCUCUGGCCGCCGCCAUGAACACAAACCGAGUAAAGAGGUAUACCAUCAGCAGCAGCCCUGGUCCUAAAAUCGUCCAGGAUCGCCUCAUCCAGGGCGCAUUCCGCUAUCAGAAGCUCAACCUGUCCUCGCCCGGCGUUUUGACCCUGCAAAAGGUCGGUGUCCGCCCCACGGUACACACCACACCCAUCACGGAGCUUCCCGGAACCUUCAGCAGCUCCGACGAAGACCUUAACAGAAUCUGGGCUGCCGGCGCACGAACCAUCCAGAUGACUGAGAUCCCCGCCAACACCAUCCCAGACUUCGUCGAGGUCUCGUCUGACGGCACACUAGUCAACAGCCUCGCCCCGCAGACUCUUGGCUCAGCGGUGGCCGCCCAGCUCAUGUACUACGAUAUGACGCUCAAGGUGAAGCCUCUCACCGGUGGCUUCGGCUUUACAGUGCUAUCUGACACACUCAACUCAGGCAUCUACAUCUCCUGCGACGUAGAGGCUCGACAGGUAACCGCUCACGCUGGGUCUACGACGCUGAAUGAUGUGAUUCAGUCCUCUGCUCUCCCUGUCAAUGCGUCUGUCGCUCUGGAUAAGUGGCACUCGGUGCAGGUUAAGGUGGCUAUGACAGAUAUCAGCGUAUUGAUUGACGAUGUCGAGGUGUUUCAGAUAACGCAAACGAAGCGCUUUUACGGCUCCUUCGGCUUCGGUGCUUCGUUUGGUCAUCAAUCCCUGUUCCGCGAUUUGGCCGUGGCCAGUCCGACAGGUGACCUCAUCUACGCACACUCACUGACGGACAGGUCAUACCUAGCCGACUUCUUCAUGGGGUCCAACCCGCACGCUACCGUCGUUGAUGGCUCGCGCCGCGAUCGCAUCGCCUACACGGGCGACCUCGACAUUGCAGGCGGCGCGGCCCUCGUCAGUACCCACGGCCUCGAGUUUAUCCUUGGCUCCCUCGACCUCCUUGGCUCAUAUCAGACCACCCUCGGCUUUUUCAUCCCAACGGCCAAGAUCCAGCAGGAGCCCUUAUCAGAGCGUAUAAACAGCUCUGUGACGGGCCUAAUCGGGUACUCCUUCAACUUCCUAACCUCCAUCGCCUCCACCUACAUGCACACGGGUGACGUAGACUUUGCCAGGAAAUGGGCCACCCCGGUUCGUGACAUGCUUGACUGGGCUGACUCCCAGGUCUUGCCGGAGAAUGGUCUAUUCAACGUGUCCGAUGCCUCCUUCGGGGGCGAUUGGAACUACUACGACCCCCAGCAGAGAGGCGUUGUCACUAAGUUCAAUGUUCUGUACGCCUACUCGUUGCAGGAGUGCAUCAGGAUGCUGGGGGAUGUCGGCAUCAACACUACUGUAUACGAGGGGCGCCUCAACGCCCUUCGCCAAGCGAUUGACACAGCCCUCUGGAGCGAUGACCUCCAAGCAUAUUAUCUAUCUGAGGAUUUCAAGGAUGCCUACGCCCAGGACGCUAACGCCAUCGCCAUUCUGGCGGGCGUCAACCUUGACCCCAACCACUCCACUACGACUAUCCUUGCCUCGCUCCGCAAGCUCUUGCGCCCUGCAGGUCCCCUGGCCUUCUCGGGCGCUGCCAUCAGCGCCGGAUGGCAACCCUAUAUCAGCCCCUACGCGUCAUCGUACCACCUCCGGGCCAUCCUCCAGUCUGGCGAUGCUGAAGGAGCACUAGAGCUCCUCCACUCCCUCUGGCUUCCCAUGGCCCAGGAGCAAAACGCCAACUAUACGGGUACUUUUUGGGAGACGCUCGAUCAGGAUGGAAAACCCGGUCUUGGUCUGGUUACCCGUCUCUGCCACGGCUGGGCGGCAGGCCCCACGGAGGGACUCUCCCGGUAUGUUUUGGGGGCUCAACCUACUAUGCCCGGCUGGUCCAAAUUCCGAGUCGCCCCCCUGACUCUGGGAUUGCGAUCGGCGCAGGGAAGCUUACCAACAACUCGGGGCAACGUCGACGUGGAGUGGAGCUUCGACUGCCACGGCCUGCUUAAGAUGGUCGUAACCGCACCGGCGGGAACUAAUGGCGAGGUGUUGUUGCCUAGCCCGCUCAUGGUCCCAAGAAACGAAACCAUAAUUAUCGUGAAUGGCAAGGAGCAGGCUGGCUCUAGUUUUGUCGUUCAAGGUGGUAAUAAAAUGGUCGUGACGCAGUCCCGCGGGUAA